CCCAGUGGUAAAACAGAACAUGAAGCGUUUGCUAUCUUCUUUCCUCUUACUAUUUUCAGUCAAGACCUAGAGAGCAAACAUUCAACCUGGCCAAAAGAAAAGGUCUUUGAAGGGAGGAAAAAAAAAACACCCUAAAAUGGGUCUACUGAGUUCUAAAAACCCCAAAACCAAGCAAGCCCGGAUUCUUCUUCUGGGACUUGACUCAGCUGGGAAGUCUACGCUCCUUUACAAAUUAAAGUUUGCUAAGGAUAUUACGACCGUCCCAACAAUAGGUUUCAACGUAGAGAUGAUCGAGUUGGAAAAGAGUUUUUCACUCACAGUCUGGGAUGUUGGAGGACAGGAGAAAAUGAGAACUGUGUGGGAGUAUUACUGUGAGAACACCGAUGGGCUGAUGUAUGUUGUGGAUAGUACGGACAAACAGCGACUGGAAGACUCCAGGAGAGAACUAAAGCACAUUUUGAAGAAUGAACACAUUAAAAAUGUGCCUGUUGUCCUGUUAGCCAACAAACAGGAUGUGCCUGGAGCUCUGACUGCCGAGGACAUCACCAGAAAGUUCAGAGUGAAGCAGCUCUGCAGUGACCGGAACUGGUAUGUACAGCCCUGCUGUGCCAUCACUGGGGAUGGACUGAUGGACGGGUUCAGGAAACUGACUGAAUUUGUGAAAAGCCACGUGAAAUCAAGAGGAGACACUUUAGCAUUCUUUAGGUAGAACUGAGAUCCAAGCAGUGACAUACUGGUGAAGUUGAAAGGGUAACUUUUUUCCGAUGCCAAAUGAGAAAAGCAAGUUGCUGAGUUAGCAAACUUGUCCUAAGAUGUUAUUUCACCUAAAUUCAGCUAAAACAUAGAAUAAUAUCUAGACAAUAUUAUUUUUGGCCAGGCACUUAAGUAAACUAUGUGGUAAUGAUA